AUGCGUCCCAUUUCAGCAACCAAUGCCUUAGUUUUUGGCCUUCUUGGCUUGGCUCCUCUCGCUGCCGGCCUCCCAACAGCUGGAUCUGUAGACAUCGAGCGCCGAUAUGUUGGUUCUGCUGCAGCUCUAUCUACUAAGCUCAUGCGUUCUGUUAUCCCAGGAGUUGAAGCUCGCCACCAUACCGAGGCCCAAAUUGCUGCCAAAGAGAAAGCGGCCGCCAAGAAGGGUGGAAAAAAACAUGCCCGUGGGGAUGAGGUUCCUGAUGAUGAUGAGUUUGGGUCUUGGGCUGAUAAGCGUGAGCCUCAUCAUACCGAGGCCCAAAUUGCUGCCAAGGAGGCUGCUGCCAAGAAAAAAGGUGGAAAGAAGAAUAAUGCUCGUGAAACUGGUGUAGUUCCAGAAGAUGAUGAAUUCGGCUCUUGGGCUGAUAAGCGAGAACCUCAUCACACUGAGGCCCAAAUUGCGGCCAAGGAAGCCGCCGCUGCUCAGAAGAAGGGGGGAAAGAAGAACCACACCCGCGAGACUGAUGAGGUUCCUGAGGACGAUGAGUUUGGAUCUUGGGUUACCAGGCGGGACCCCCAUCACACUGAAGCCCAGAUCACUGCUAAAGAGAAGGCCGCUGCUGAGAAGGGUGGAAAGAAGAAUCAUGCCCGCGAGGCUGAUGAAUGCAGCUCUUAG